ACUCUUCUUCCCCCGGACUUCCUCUUUUUGUGACUACGCCGAACCAACUCCAUCCACCGCCCGUCAUGAACAGAGCCUCGUGCUCAAUAUUUCCAGAACCGAGAGCAGUUUGCGUUUGACAGCUGGGACUCAGGAGCAGAAUUUUACAACACACUUUUCCGUCACAGAAACAAAGUCGCACACAACGUGGCAGCCUCGGCUGAGUCGUGUUUCUCAGAACCACCAGACCUCCCGUUGUCAUCCCGACUGGCCAACAAUGACGACAGCCACUUUUCACCCAUUUCCUCGUCUCCCAUUCGAGCUCCGUUCUCGCAUCUGGGGGCUGACGGUCGAGCCGCGGACUGUGCAUGUUCGCGUCCGGCACAACGAGGCCCUUGUCACGAACGAUGCACCGAACGGGAGGAGAACCCGGCGCAGGGGGAAACGCCCCAGCCACGUCAUGGCUCAAGUCCCACGUCUAGUCACAUCGACGCCGGUGCCAGCAACUCUGCAAUUGAACUUGCCGAGAAACUCGGAACCUCGGCCUGUACCAACAGGCCUUCUCCGAACUGACCACACAGGAGACACGUUAUGUCUGGCUGAAUUUGGAGAUCGAUAUGAUUUUCAUCGACACAUUGUCCCGUUUGGAACACUUCAAACCGGUUGCACAUCUGAUCAAGCGACUGAAGAUGGAGCGGGAAAAUACAGACGAGAGUUUCUACUACUUCGAAGCAAACGAAAUUCGCAGCUUUGCCAAUGCCACGCAAAUUCACGUCGUGUGUGGAGACGGGAUAGAAGCAUGGCAUCAGGCAUCAUGGGAGCACCACUGGCCGUGUGGGAGGGAAAACCUUUUCCUCAUUGACAAAUUUGAUGGUCGGAUGAUGAACAGUGUCGAGUUGGACGAAAUGUGCGACCAGGAAUUGAAGGAGUCAAUGGCGGCGGAACGAUACGAUGAUACGGAGACCGGUGAGCCUUUCAGUGAGGGCGAACGAUAGAAAUUACAUGUCUGCUGCCAGAUCAUUCUACUCCUUUCAUCUUCGAU